UAUUAUAUAUACCUUAUAAGUAAUUUGUUUGCAUAACUAUAGGUAAAUAACUAGUCUAUAAUACAAACUCUCACAUGAUCAAUUCUACAAUGGCUACUGCUGAUGGUGCUUGUUAUGGUGGUUAUAGCUAUAAGUUUGUCGAUCGUUAUCUUCCUGAUGAGUAUCUGUGCCAUAUCUGUACAUUGGUAGCACAGGAUCCUCAGCAAGUUACCUGCUGCUCCAAUAUAUACUGUAAGAGCUGCCUGGAUACACUAAAGAGGAAGGACCAAGGGUUUAUCUGCCCAACUUGUCGUAGCUCACUAGAAGGAAAGUACUUUAAAGAUGGAAGAGCAGAACGAGGAAUAAAGUCACUUAAGGUUUAUUGCACUAACAUUGAUAGUGGGUGCCAAUGGAUGGGGACUAUUAAGGAUAUUGACACUCAUCUUAAUAGUUGUACCUAUCAACUGGUACCUUGCACUAAUGAGUGUGGAGAGAAGAUUAGGAGAAGUAAACUGAAGACACAUCUGACAAAUAACUGUCCUAAACGAAUUGUUAGCUGUCAGUAUUGUAACAAAAGAAGCACACACAAAUUGAUAGUAAGCCUCAGUCAUCUUACUGAAUGUCCUGACCUCCCAAUCCAAUGCAGCAAUGAAGGUUGCAAUGAGAAGAUACCACGACGUUCAUUAGCAUCUCACAAUGAGACCUGCCCUAAAGCUAUCGUACCAUGUGAAUACAAUACUGUUGGAUGUAAUAAGAAAAUGAAGAGAGAAGAACAAGACAACCAUAAUGAAAAAUCAAUAAUGACACACCUACAACUGACAAAAGAGCAACUAAAAGUAACAAAUGAACGACUACAAUUGGCAAUGGUAACAGCAUCAAGUGAAGUAUUUAAGCUAAACCAAUUUACUUUAAAGAAAAAAGGAGAUGAACGUUGGUAUAGCCCAGAAUUCUACACAUCACCAGGAGGAUAUAAGAUGUCUUUAGGGGUUGAUCCUAAUGGAGAAGGUGAUGGUAAAGGUACACACGUCUCUUGCUACAUAUAUCUCAUGGCAGGAGAAUAUGAUGAUACAUUGGAGUGGCCAUUUCAAGGAGAAGUUACUAUAGAACUACUGAAUCAACUGGAGGAUAAGAAUCAUUGGAAGCAAACUUUCAAACUAAAAAUAUCAUCACCACAUGAACAACCCAAUCCAUACACAGCAGGAUGGGGUUCUUAUAAAUUUAUAUCACAUGCAUACAAAUCCAAUAAUUGUCAGUAUCUCGAAAAUGAUAGUCUGUACUUCAAAGUCAGUGUAAAGGCUACAUCAAAGACAAAGCCAUGGCUAAUGGAAACAUCCAGAAUGAAAUGCUAAAAUUUACUACUAUAAUUUUCAAUCAUAGCUAGCAAGUAGUGUAGUACAAUUUUUAAAAUCUUUAGUUAUUUUUAAAGAACACAAAACAAAUUUGCUGCCAUAUAGUGUAUAUAGCUAUAGAAUUUGGUAGAGAAAAAUAUUUUGUGAAAUUAA